AUGGAAAAGGGUACUUUAUUGGAAUUAGGAUUAUUACCUAUCUUGACUUCAGCAUUCAUUUGGCAAUUAAGUGCUGGUUUUAGAUUCAUCAAUGUUAACUUAAACUUGAGAUCUGACAGAGAAUUAUAUCAAACUGGUCAAAAAUUGACUAGUUUCAUCUUUGCUAUUAUUUACGGUGCUGGAUUCAUCUUUUCCGGUUACUACAAUAACGUUAUUAAAGGUUACAACCCAUUUAAUGGUGAUUCAGUACCAGUAACAACCUUAGUUUUAAUUUUCUUACAAAUUGUGACUAUGUCAUUUGUCACUACCUUGAUGGUAGAAAUUUUCGAUAAGGGUUACUGUUUUGGUAGUGGUGUCUUAUGUUUCAUUGCCUUGCAAGUUGCUACUAAUUUAAUUAGAGAUGUUGUUGGCUUGGAAUUAGUUUCAUUGCCAAAUUCUAACAAGUUUGAAAGCUAUGGUGCUGCAAUGAACUUUAUCAAGAAUUUCAGAAUUAACUUCAAAUCAUUAAACUAUAAUGUCUUGAAUUCUUUCACUAGAUCUCAAUUGCCUAACUUAACACAAUUUUACAUUGUCUUAGUCACUGUUCUUGUUCUAAUUGGUAUCCAAAAUUAUAGAAUCGAACUUCCAAUUAGAUCUACCAAAGUUAGAGGCAUGAACAACGUCUACCCAAUUAGAUUAUUCUACACUGGGGCUUUACCAAUUUUGUUUGCCUUCACUGUUUUAACUAACUUCCAAGUAUUCGGAUUUUUCACGUCUUCAUUGUUAAGCAACUACUCUAAAUUCGCUGCUUCUAUUAUUGGUACUUGGUCAUUAGAUUCUAAGUCAUUUAAUUUGAAUUUGACCUCUGGUAUCUUAUACUUCUUAACUCCAUCUAAAACUUUAGCACAAGCCUUAUUGUCUCCAAUUAGAUCUGUCACAUACGGCUUAUCUAUUGUUGCAUUGUCAACCUGGUUUGCUGACAGAUGGAGUAGAAUGUCUGGUUCUUCUCCAAAAGAUAUUUCCAAGCAAUUUAAAGAACAAGGUAUUUCAAUUUCUGGUAAAAGAGAUAUUUCAAUCACUAAGGAAUUAUCAAGAGUUAUCCCAGUUGCUUCUGUUAGUGGUGCCUUUGUCUUAGCUGUGCUCGCCAUCGCCGGUGAAGUGCUUGGUGGAUUAGGUAAGGGUGUCGCUGCGAUUAUUGGUGUAUGUGGUGCUUUUGGUAUAUUAGAAGAAUUUAUGAUGGAAUAUCAACAAGCAGGUGGUAACUCACAAUUGACAAAUGUUUUCCGUAAAUAG